AUGCAUCACAACGUCGAGAAAGACUUGGUCGCGGAGGUGGAGCAAAUCACGCAGCCAACUCAGAGACUGCGCGGUUAUGUUCCAGACUCAUCUGAGCAGAAGCGGCUCGACCGACGCAUCAAUCUCAAGCUCGAUCUGACUGCUGUUGCCAUGCUGGCCUUGGGCUUCUUGUUCCAAGGCAUCGAUAAGACCAAUAUAGGCAAUGCGGCCACGAGCUCACACUUCAUCAAAGAUGCCGGCCUGCAACCAGACGACGUCCCCAACGCCGUUUCUCUGUUUUCUGCGACGUUCAUUCCUUUCAUGCCGAUCUCAACAGCCAUUGGACGCGUCGUCGGGCCUAAGCGUUGGAUUCCGAUCAUCAUGCUGUGUUGGGGUGGCAUCACCAUGGCUCACGCAGCAAUCUCGCAGCGGACUACCUUGAUUGCCCUUCGGCUGCUUCUCGGUGUGUUCGAAGCGGGUUUCGUGCCUACUGCAUACUACUACAUCUCCACCUUAUUUCCAAUGUAUCACGCCGGCUUUCGUCUGGGUCUGUUUGCAGGCAUGUACGCAUGGGGUGCAGCAUUCGCGAGCCUGAUCGCAUACGGUGUCCUUCAGAUCAACAGCAGCCAGUAUGCUAGCUGGCAGAUUCUGUUCAUCCUCGAAGGCGCAGUCACUCUCGGUCUGGCAGCGCUGACGUAUUUUGUUCUACCUGAACACGUGAGCACGGCGUGGAUGCUGAAUGACGACGAGAGACGGCAUGCGGCCCAGAGGCUGGAGAUCGAUGGUGAGGUCUUCGAUGGCACCGACACUGAAUACGUGGGUCAGGAGCGGAGGAUCACCUCGAGAAACGUCAAGGACGCUUUCACGGACUGGCGUAAGAUCUUGAUGAUUGUCUUUAACAUGUGUGCAACCAUGCCUGUCUACGCAUUCACUACUUUCCUUCCGCUCAUCUUGAAGGGGAUGGGCUACAGUGGUAUACGCAGCAACCUCAUGUCGGUACCUCCAUUUGUCGUUGCUGCCAUCGGCCUCUACGCAGUGGUCUGGGCAUCUGAUCGAAUCCGCCAGCGCGCCUUCCUCAUUGCGGGCUCCAUGUUCGUGGGCGUGAUCGGAAUGAUCGUGCUCAUCUCCAGCCACGACCAGAAACUACGCUAUGGAUUUGCACACGUCGCUCUGAUUGGCGCAGGCACAUCAAAUCCCCUCGUCGCCGCUUGGAUCACGGAUAACACGCCAGAAAAAGCCACGCGAGCCGUCAUCUUUGGCUUCUACGCUAUCAGCAAUUUGGGCGGGAUCAUCGCCGGUCAAGUAUACAAGGCGAAGUACGCUCCUACCUACAACGUGAGCCUCAUGGCGACAAUGAUCGUGGUCUGCGUUGGCAUCGCCGGGAUGCUGGGACUGAGGUAUUGCUUUGUCUGGGAGAACAAGAAGAGGCAACGACUUAUGGAGAGCUGGACUGAGGGAGACUGGCGUCAUGAACGAGCUGAUCCAAAGCGAAGAGGAGAAAGAAAGCGCUUUUUCAUCUACGGACUGUGA